CAACGGUCCCAGCUACAAUGCAGGCCGCUGGGCUCCCAGAGCCCCUUGACAGCAAGGGCUCCUUCUCUCUCCCCAUGGUGGGUGCCAACAUCUCUCAGGACAAUGGCACCAGCCACAAUGCCACCUUCUCUGAGCCGCUGCCGUUCCUCUAUGUGCUCCUGCCCGCCGUGUACUCUGGGAUUUGUGCCGUGGGACUGACUGGCAACACGGCCGUCAUCCUUGUAAUCCUGAGGGCGCCCAAGAUGAAGACGGUGACCAACGUGUUCAUCCUGAACCUGGCCAUCGCUGAUGGGCUCUUCACACUGGUACUGCCUGUCAACAUCGCAGAGCACCUGCUGCAGCACUGGCCCUUCGGGGAGUUGCUCUGCAAGCUGGUGCUGGCCAUCGACCACUACAACAUCUUCUCCAGCAUCUACUUCCUAGCCGUGAUGAGCGUGGACCGAUACCUGGUGGUGCUGGCCACUGUGCGGUCCCACCACAUGCCCUGGCGCACCUACCGGGGGGCAAAGGUCGCCAGCCUGUGUGUCUGGCUGGGUGUCACGGUUCUGGUUCUGCCCUUCUUCUCUUUUGCUGGCGUCUACAGCAAUGAGCUGCAGGUCCCAAGCUGUGGGCUGAGCUUCCCGCGGCCCGAGCGGGUCUGGUUCAAGGCCAGCCGUGUCUACACGUUGGUCCUGGGCUUCGUGGUACCUGUGUGCACCAUCUGUGUGCUCUACGCAGACCUGCUGCGCAGGCUGCGGGCCGUGCGGCUCUGCUCUGGCGCCAAGGCUCUAGGCAAGGCCAGGCGGAAGGUGACCAUCCUGGUCCUCGUCGUGCUGGUCGUGUGCCUCCUCUGCUGGACGCCCUUCCACCUGGCCUCUGUCGUGGCCCUGACCACAGACCUGCCCCAGACCCCACUGGUCAUCAGCAUGUCCUACGUCAUCACCAGCCUCAGCUACGCCAACUCGUGCCUGAACCCCUUCCUCUACGCCUUUCUAGACGACAACUUCCGGAAGAAUUUCCGUACCAUGUUCAGGUGCUGA